AAGGGAGAAAGGGCGUAACCAGGAAAUGCUGAAAGCGCGUUGCCCUGGAAGAGCAUUGACUGUCGCUUCUCCGCCGAGCAUGGCUGCUCGCAACCGGGGCACCGAGUUAGAUCUCACAUGGCUUGCACGAGUUCGGGUGAAUCAGCCAGCUGUUCUGAAGCGGGCAGGGCAAAUUCAGACCCAGCGGGCCAUGAAAAAGGAUUGGCAGGCAGCUUGGCUUUUGAGGGCCGUUACCUGCAUAGACCUAACCACCCUUUCUGGAGAUGAUACCCCUUCCAACGUUUGCAGAUUGUGCUACAAAGCCAAACAUCCCAUCAGAGAGGAUUUGUUACAAGCCAUGAAUAUGCAUGAUAAAGGUAUUACAACAGCAGCUGUUUGCGUCUAUCCAGCUAGAGUAGCUGAUGCGGUUAAGGCACUCAAGUCUGCUGGCUGCCACAUCCCAGUAGCUUCAGUGGCAACUGGUUUCCCAGCAGGACAGACAGCUCUGAAAACUCGUUUAGAUGAGAUCCAGAUAGCCGUGGAAGAUGGGGCCAAAGAGAUUGACGUUGUCAUUAAUCGAACCUUGGUACUGACAGGCCAGUGGGAAGGCCUUUACGAAGAAAUCCGUCAAUUCCGUGAGGCCUGUGGCGACGCUCAUAUGAAAACUAUCUUGGGGACAGGAGAGCUGGGAUCGCUUACAAAUGUCUACAAAGCUAGUCUGGUAGCUAUGAUGGCAGGUUCUGAUUUUAUUAAAACAUCUACAGGAAAAGAAGCUGUUAAUGCUACUUUUCCAAUAGGAUUGGUCAUGGUGAGAGCCAUUAGAGACUUCUACUGGAAAACUGGCUAUAAGGUUGGAUUUAAGCCUGCGGGAGGCAUUCGCAGAGCGAAAGAUGCCCUGAUCUGGCUUUCGCUGAUGAAGGAAGAACUGGGAGACGAAUGGCUGAAACCUGAACUCUUUCGCUUGGGUGCCAGUACUUUGCUGGGAGAUAUUGAAGGACAGGUCUAUUAUCAUGUGACUGGCAGAUAUGCAGCUUACUAUGACCUGCCCAUGGCUUAGACCAGUGACUGAUUCAGGCUGUGAAAGAGAGAAAGAAUCCACGGCAUAAGGCUUAAGCAAACAAUGUCCUAGAAUCUUUUCCUGAGACCGUGUCCUUACUAAGCGUUUACAAAAGGAUUAAAACUGUGGUGCUUCCGUUUCACAAUGUCAUUGUUCUUAGAAUGUCCCAAUGCCCAGGUGAAUAAAUACAGAAAGCUUUAAAUGUUGAA